UAACUCCGAGACUAAUGUUUUAAACAACGUUGCAGUAACGGAAACUUUCGCUUCAUGUUAUUAUUUCAUGGAUAAUUUCAGAAUUAUCAUCUACUAGAUCAAGUUGAAAGAAUGACAUUUCUUAGUUAUAAAUAGAAACUUAGGGAAAUACAGCACGACGAUUGUAAAUUAUACACAGUAUGAUUACAAGGCAUGUACCAAAGAAAAGUGCACAAGUAUGACGUUGUUAAAGCUAUAUGCCACAUUGGCCGUCACUGUGGUGAUAUUUUCCACCAGUCACUUCGCUGCUAAAGGUGUUAAAGUAUCAGUGACUAGUUCAGGACCAUAUGCAGUACUGGGUCAGCGUUUUGUCUUUACUUGCACUAUGUCGGAAGCAUCUGAUAUCUCUGCUACAUAUGUAUUUUUACGUGCUGGGGGCUCUGAGUUUAAGUAUCAUCGUAUGUUGCAGAACAAAACUGUAUGUGAGCACAGUCCAGUUCCUAUGCCAGGCUGGAUACACGACCGUUUCUCUAGUUUUUGUGGAGCUGGCACAAAUCAGAUUAAGUCGAAUGUGAAGAAAUAUAUUUUUGUUAUGAGAAAAGUGUCAAAGACAGACAAUAAUAAACAGUGGUGGUGUGAGGUGUCAUCUGAUCAUCUAAUUAUAGAUGCAAUUAGCAAGAACAUCACUAUGAGAGUACGCACUAUCAAGUUAUCCAUGUUCAAGAAGUCCUCAGAAACUGUGCUGGGUAAACCGCUGACUGUGGUGUGUAGACUGACAAACGCUGUCAAUCUUAUUGCAACAGUCUAUUUCAUGAAAGGCACAGCAUCAAAGGAAAAUACUGUCGCCAUGCUACAUCAGGAAGAGUCGCAUUGCUCAGAAGAAGGUGCCUCAACCAGAGGGUAUAGACCCAUGUGUAAGAAAGGAACAGUUUCCGCUGCCUUUGAAAUUAAAGAGUAUGCUCUGAAGAUCUCCAAACUAGCAUCCCAUGAUAACACAUUUUGGUAUUGCCGCUUACAAAACCCAGAGACAAAAACGUUCAUCGGUAGCCCUGCUUUUCGUCUGACAUUAUGGGAAGAUCUUAGUGUGUCCCUCUCCACGAGUUCCCGUCAACCUGCGUAUAAGCAGAAGUUUACUCUGACCUGUACGCUGACAAAUGCUGGUGUUAUUAGAGCUUCAGUGGAGUUCAGGAGCCAGAUCAAUGGACCUGUUCGUCUUAGCGGGGCGCUGGCACAGUUUGAUGGCCACUGUAAUGCAGAAAAAGUAUACACAGGUUAUAAGGCCAAGUGCGGGACAGGAACAGAGGUCGCGACCUCGGGCACUAAAGUGUACGUUAUGGAAAUCGCCAAAUUAUCAACCCAGGAUAACGCAGACUGGUUUUGUUACGUGCAAGAUGAUGACAGUGGCCUUUUCAAGGAAAGCAAAGACAAAUUCAAACUGUGCAGCUUCCAGUGUGAACAUGGCACGCUUCAAGAAGAUAUUUGCAAAUGUAAUUGUAACAAUUCCUGGACUGGAGAUCAGUGUGACAUAUGCAGCUUAAAGUGUAAACAUGGCGAUUUUGACAACAGUAUUUGCAAAUGUGAUUGUAAAGCACCCUGGACUGGAGAUGACUGUGAGACAUGCAGCUUAAUGUGUGAAAAUGACGGCGUUGUGUCACUUGGUUGUGUAUGUCAUUGUAUAAACUCCUGGAAUGGAGUCCAGUGUGAGAUCUGCCAGGUAGAAUGUGAAAAUGAUGGCACUUUGAAUACAAGUGAUUGCUCAUGUUAUUGUCCAGAAGGCUGGUCUGGAGAUAAGUGUGAAUUGUUUGUUGGUGAGGAGAAUGAGACACAGCAUUUGGCUGAUGGUGUAGAUGGAGCUAUUAUAGCAUUGAUUAUCAUCGCUAUGUUAGUUCUUGCUACUAUGUUGGGAGCUUUGGGCUAUUAUAAGAGGCGAAAGUCUACGAAAGAAACCAUUGAUGAUGUUGAUUUUGUGAGCAGCCAAGAGCAGACUGACAACCCAGUCUUCUCCAGUAAUGAAACUGACACAAUUGAUGAGGUUGAAAUAGCGAACUUGGGAGUUUCAGUAAGAGAAGAAGACCUGGAGUCGGUGAACAGGUCGGUUAUAACAGAUACUGAUGAGCCCAGUGAUGUGGGCAGGAUGGGUCGAAAGAAGUAGAAUGAUAGGAGCAUGAUGGUUGAAGUACAAACCUCCGAACAGGCUGACCCAAACCAUACAAGAUGUAAAGAAAAACUCAUGAAUGAGUCCGAUGCAGUAGUUUGGAUUAAAAAACCAUCACCAGGAACAUUAGUUAUUGACAAAGCUCUCUCUGACUCUCAUGACCAGGCUCUCAUGACCAACAUUGUGUUGUUUUUGCAAGUCUUUUUGCAAUUGCAAAGUUUUAUUGAGGCGGUCCACCGUCCUGUAACAUUGAACACAAAAGGGCCAGGUCGUCGGUAGCUAAAGAGAAGUGUGACAUUUUAAAUACAGGAAACGUCAGAAGACACUAAGUGUGACAUUUUAACUGCAGCAGCAUUUGGAGGAUAAUAAUUAAGUGACAUUUUAAGUGGAGCAUCAUUUAGAGGACAUAAAUGUGAUAUUUUAAAUAGAGCAUUAUUUCGACAAAAAGUAUGACAUUUUAACUACAGAAAUAAGAUAAUUAGUGACAUUUUAAGUAGAGCUUUCAGAGGACUAUAAAUGUGGUAUUGUAAGUAGAACAUUUGAGGAUAUCAGAUGUAACCUAAGUAGGGCAUAAUCUUGAGAACAAUAAACAUGAACUAGAUGCAAUAAAAGUGAGAGGUUCAACAUUUUAAGUACAGCAUUACAAAGAUGAACAGGUUUUACAUUGUAAAGAAUACAUUACAGUUUUUUAAUUUACAUAUUUGGUUUAACUGUGAAUGUUUUUCCAGUUUUAAAGCUACAUGAUUGGCCUUCUUGGAUAAUUUUCCAAGUAUCACAUUGGCUAGUUCUGCAUUUCGAAACAGUUUUAUUUUGUUUAUUCAAUUCUUUUUAGAUUUUGAGCCUUAUACAAUUUAUAAUUUAAUGUUUUCGUAAUAUCUUAUUCAUUUUUCCACUUCUGGCCCAUUUGGAUAUUUCUAGCUCCAACCAGUGCACCUCGACUGGUAUAUCAACGGCUAUGGGAUGGUGCAUGUAAAAUUUUCCUUGCUACCGAUGGAAAAAUGUAGCAGGUUUCCUCUCUAAGACUAUAUGUCAAAAACUACCACAUUUGACAUCCUAUAUAGCCAAUGAUUAAUAUAUCAAUGUGCUCCAGUAGUGUCAUUAAACAAAACAAACUAACUUGUUUUCACUUUUGAGUAAAAUAGGUUUAUGAAGAUGUGUGUAUACAUGAAAUAUGUGUAUUAUUAGGGUUAUAUGUAGUAUCAAAGAGUGUUUUAUCAUUAGUAGUUUUAUUGUUGGCCAUUUCAGUUAAGAUUAGACAUUGUUUUCUCCUUUUAAAAUUCCAUGUUUUAUUAAAUUUUCGGGAUUUUAAAUUUUGUUUAAUCAACUUCAUUUCUUGAGACGUUGUUUCUUCACACUUGUAUCUGACAUUACUGUUAAAAUAUGACUGUGAUGCUAAACUAAAUGGAAUAUUCACUUUCCUAUGUUUUGGGUGACAUGAGAAGGUUAAGUAACUUCUUUUUAUCAACAGAAUUACCGUAAAUGUUAGUCGAUAUAAUUCUCUUAUUUAAGCUACAUAAGUACAUCUUAGAAGGGUAAUUGUGUGUGAUUAAUUUUCAUUGUAAAUUUGAUAGAAGGAUGUAAUUAAGUUCAUUAUAAAAUGUAUGUACAUCGACUAUAUAUGGAUGUCCAAAUGAUAAAGUUGUCAUCAAAAAAUCGUUGAAAAGGUAAAAACAACUUGAAAAUCAUUUCCAUGUUUAUAUUCCAUAUUGUGAUAUAAUAACUGCUCUAAGUAUCCAAUAAAUAAAGUAGUGGCAUAAGUUGGUACCAUAUAUUAGUAACUGUACGAAUAGACAGCAUCUGGUUUAGGCAGAGUUUUAUAGGCUAAUAGAUGUACAGUAGCUGGACGGGACUUUGAAAUCAUGGUGUCUGUGUGUGUGUGUGUGCGCACGCGCAUGUCUGUGUGUGUGUGUGCGCACGCGCGUGUCUGUGUGUGUGUGCGCGCACGCGCGUGUCUGUGUGUGUGUCUGUCUGUCUGUGUGUGUGCACG